UUUUACACCCAUCUAUAAAUAAAAAUGUCUACUAGUGAAGGCGACUGGAAAUUAGCACAACAGGGGAAUUUAGGGUUAUUUUAAACACUCAGCUUGACUGAAAUAAGAGCCUACGAACAAACAUUGUCUUCUAGUUUUGUUCAUCUUACACCUAACAUUUACAGACGAGGAGUACUUUACAGCUGUUACCUGACCUGUCUGUGUUACAACCAGAAACACGUUUCAGCUCGACCCGGACAUUCCCAACUUUUACUUUCAUGGCUGCUAAUCCUCCAGGACAAGCCUUCUCAAACAAUGCACGGGCUGCGAUCUUGGUUGAACUGAAGAAGGAAAAGGACCGGCUCAUCCACAGUCAGUCCAUGAACACUCCUGGUGCCAGUAUCCCCCUGUCCAGACGGAACAUGAAGGACUUUAGAGACAGCGCGGAGCUGCAGCACAUUGCUGCUCAGCAGAAAGCUGCUUUGCAGCAUGCACAUACACAUUCUUCAGGCUUCUUCAUCACUCAGGACUCCUCGUUUGGGAACCUCAUCCUCCCUGUCCUUCCACGUCUGGAACCCGAGUCCUGAUCUUCGACUCGCUGGUCACCCCUCUUGUUGAACAACUGUUGUGAGACAGGAACCAUGUGUUUGCCUUUGCAUGUCAUUUUUAUAGUUUAUCAAUAAAAAGGCUUGUUUUUCAUUUAAUAAAAAAAAAAAACCUU